AUGCAGCCUGUCCAGCCUCUGAAUGGCACACACCAACACGUGUCGCCGCCACUUAGCCAUGGUAAACAGGAGUACGACAGCGAUGAUGGCAACGCUGGGAACAGCGGAGAUGAAAAUGACCCCGAGGAUGAUCACGAUGAACCUGAUACUGCACGCAGCGGCAAGCGCAAAAGGCCAAUAUCUGUAUCGUGUGAGCUAUGUAAGCAGAGGAAGGUGAAGUGUGAUCGUGGUCAGCCAUCAUGCGGAUGGUGCAAACGAAAUUCAGUGCCGUGCGAGUACCGGGAAAGGAAGAAGCCAGGGCUGCGGGCGGGUUAUGGUAGGGAAUUGGAACAACGUCUCGACAAGCUUGAAGAAGUUCUCCGGUCACACUCGGAGAUCUUACAGCACAACUUUAUGAACAAUGGGCCACAUAAUGUUGCGCCAAGCGUACGUACCAGCAACCCGAGCGUUCCCAGCGAUUCAGGGACUCCUCGGGAGCACCACUCAGUAUUUCGACAGAACGACCCUGUAAGGACACCGCGGGCAGAGACAGCCUUGUUCUUACAAAAGCCGUCCUCGUUCAUGCCCGUCACGCAAAGCACCGACUUUGGAUUGCCGCCACCCACACCCUCAAUACACUCCAUGCCCGACGCAUUCCAGUCGCAGAUGCCCAUGUCCGGUAUAUCACCAACAAACCAGCUGCCCGCAAUGCCGCCCAGUGCCGCGACGCAAGAAUACUACGGCAACCAGCCCCUCCAGUCGCCCAGUGUGGGUGUUACACAUGGGCACAUGGCAGACCAGGACCUACCCCCAUACGACCUGCUGUAUGCUCUGGCGGAUCUUUACUUCAAGCACAUUAAUACCUGGUGUCCCAUUCUGCACAGAAAGACGACACUUGACACCUUAUUUGGCAGCUCUACCUUGGACGAGACUGAUCGAGUACUGUUACAUGCCAUUGUGGCCACCACCUUGAGAUACUCUACAGACGCCAGAUUGACCGAAGAGAGGAGGCGGCAUUACCAUGGCAUCUCAAAACAACGGGUAUUGCUAUACGGAAUGGAGAAUUCAUCUAUCAAGGCCUUGCAAGCUCUUGUGAUUCUUGCACUCGAUCUCUGUGGAGAUAGCAAUGGGCCGCCGGGAUGGAAUAUCAUGGCGCUUAUAACCCGAUCAGUAGUCCAGAUCGGCCUGGCUGUCGAGACUACAUCGUUCUCUGUGUCGCCCAAUUAUGCUUCCAUUUAUACGCUCCGUGCGAUGAUCUUGCCGGAAUCGAGGGAUUUCAUCGAGGACGAGUCCCGGCGAAGACUCUUCUGGAUGGUUUAUCUACUGGAUCGAUACGCAACGCUCGCCACUGCAUUUGAGUUCGCGCUGGACGACAAGGAGAUUGACAGGACUCUUCCCUGCAGAGACGAUCUCUGGAUGAAGAACCAGAGAGUAGAAACUAGGUGGUUCCAAGCAGAGGACCAUCCUACUGAUCUACCAGAUCAUGACAUAGACAAGCCGGAAAACCUCGGCGCUUUCUCAUAUUAUAUCGAGAUUCUCGGCAUACUGUCCAAGGUUCACAAGUUCCUGAAGCAACCGGUGGAUAUCAGCGCCCUGAGUGACGUUGAACAAUGGCAGAUGAAGUAUAAAGACCUUGACAACCUCCUUACCUCCUGGAAAUUCGGUCUCCCCGGAGAAUACGGCAAUAUGGCCAAACUCUUUCAACCAGGAUGUGGUAAAACGAUGAACUGUGGAUGGAUCAUGCUUCACGCAACUUACCAUACCGCAGUCAUCAGAUUACAUUCUUCAGCCGCAUACCCCACCACGCGAUCGCCUAUAUUUACGCCGUCCUAUUCCGCCAGCCAACGUUGUCACGGAGCCGUCGAGAACAUCGCAGCACUCGGGGAGUUUGUUGUCCAAAACGGAAUGCUUACCAAGCUUGGCCCGCCUUUUGCAUUCACCCUCUGGGUUGCGGCACGUUUGUUACUCGUGCAUGGGUCCACGGUUGAGCAUAAACUGUCACCUCAAAUCGCUUUCCUCGUGGAAACUUUGAGGGAUAUGGGACGAUACUGGCCAGUUGCCGCGAGGUACUGUCAACUUCUGCAGCGUGUGCUCGACGAGCAUAGCGACAGCGAGCGAGCUGUUGGCACGACGGGAGAGAGGGUCACGCCGUCAUCGGUCAGGAUACUGGCAGAUAUGCGAAGAACGGCAUUUGAUCUUGAUUUUUUAAUCAGUCGGCAACCUGGCCAUCUUGCUGGAGGGCCUAGUCGGAUGCCUAGUGUGACUCCGGCCAGAACGCCUGCCCCCCAGGAGCUUGAGUACUUGGAUGUCUUCGAUUUUUUCAACGUCCCACGUUUGCCUUUCAACAGUGGUGAGAACCUACAACAGAACGGAAACAGCAACGAAAUGAGCGUUGAUCAGCAUGGCCCAAAUGGCGGGAACCCAAACGGCCCUGCGAAUGAGUUCAACAUUACGAACUUCAUGGUCGAUGCGAAUAGCGAUUGGCUGUUCAAGCAGCCUGCACUUAGUAACUAA